AUGUUGGCCACUUUCCUCUUCCUCCUGACCACAAUUCCCUUUCUCCUCCCCUCCAUCACUCCCGCCGCCGCCGCCGGAGGCGACCACCAACUCUCCGCCGCCUCCACCUGCGUCACCACCUGCGGCGCCACCCACCUAAACUACCCGUUCGGAUUCUCCCCGGGAUGCCACGUCCGCCUCACCUGCUCCCCCGCCGGCCAGCCCUUCAUCGGAGAAUUCCCCGUCUCCGCCGUCGACAACUCCACCAUCAGGAUCAACAUCAACCCCACCUGCGGCCGCCCCAUCGCCGUCCUUCAAUCGCUCUUCACAAAAAACUACGCACCCAAAUCCAGCAACGCGAUCCUCCUCCACAACUGCACCGACGUGUGGACGUGCAAUAUCCCGACGAUCGACGUCCAGACCCACUUCGAGCCGGUCAACUCGGUCAACUGCUCCGGCCGACCCGGGGGGACCAACGGCAGCCUCAGCUGCUUCUCCGACUCGCUGACGUGGAACGGGCUGUUCGAUUACGCCAACAUGACGCGCCACACGGACUGCGAGUACCUGAUGUCGUCGAUCUCGGUGGAGUAUGCGGUGGCCGGGGAUCAUACCUCCGGCGUGUCGCUGGAGGUCCAGAUGAUGGAGCUCGAGUGGUGGAUGGACGGCAGGCGUUGCGCCACGUGUUCGGAGGAUGCCGAGUGCCGGGUCGUGAAUACGACAGACUGGAGGCGGCCCGGGUAUCGGUGUGGAUGCCGGCGUGGGUUCUCCGGCGACGGGUACCGCGAUGGCGUCGGCUGCCGCAAAGACUCGUGCAGAUCCUCUGAAUACUUGCUGGGCUACUGCAGACCCAUUGGUAUUGCCAUCUUAACUGGAGGAUUCGGCGCAGCAACAGCGCUAAUCCUCGGCCUCGCCUUCGCCUGCUGCUUCAUCCGAAGGCGAUCGGCCUCGAACGCCGAAAGCUCCACGAAGCGCCGAUUAGCCGAAGCCAAAGGGAUCAACAUCACAAUCUACCAGUACAAAGAAAUCGAGAGAGCCACCAACGGGUUCUCCGACACACAGAGGCUCGGAACAGGGGCAUACGGCACCGUUUACUCCGGCAAACUGCACCACCGCGGCGGCAGCGACUCCUCGUUGGUCGCGAUCAAGCGCAUCAAAAACCGCGACACCGAGAGCAUCGAGCAGGUCCUGAACGAGAUCAAGCUGAUCUCGUCGGUCAGCCACCCGAAUCUGGUUCGAUUGCUGGGUUGCUCCAUCGAACGAGGCGAGCAAAUCCUCGUCUACGAGUUCAUGCCCAACGGCACCUUGAGUCAGCAUUUACAAAGGGAGCGUGGGGAUGGGCCGUUGUCGUGGCCCGUCCGCCUCGCGAUCGCCCUGGAAACGGCCCAAGCGAUAGCCCAUCUACACUCGGCAAUCGACCCGCCCAUUUAUCAUAGAGACAUUAAGACCAGCAACAUAUUGUUGGACCUGGAUUUCAAGUCCAAAGUGGCUGAUUUUGGGCUUUCCAGGCUGGGGAAGCCCGGGAUGCCCGAGAUCUCGCACAUCUCCACCGCGCCGCAGGGGACGCCCGGCUACCUCGACCCGCAGUACCACCAGAACUUCCAUCUCUCCGAUAAGAGCGACGUCUACAGCUUUGGAGUCGUUCUCGUCGAGAUUAUAACGGCGAUGAAGGCCGUGGACUUCUCCCGGCCGUCGAGCGAGGUCAAUCUGGCGAAUCUGGCCGCGGAUCGGAUCGGCAGCGGGCGGUUGGAUGAGAUCGUGGAUCCGUUUCUGGAUCUGAAUUCCGACGCGUGGACGCUCUCUUCGAUUCACAGGGUGGCGGAGAUCGCGUUCCGGUGUCUGGCGUACGACAGGGAGCUGCGGCCGGGGAUGAUUGAGGUCGCGGCGGAACUGGAGCAAAUUAGGGAUUGCAGAUCGGCGGAGUCAAGGAAGAGCCACGGCGAUAGUAGCGGGGGUGGGUUGGGGUCGGAGAUCUCGCCGUGCUGUUCGUCGUCGUCGACGAAUGAUAGUGAGAAGCCGCUGAGUUUGAGUUUUGAUAAAGGUGAGAUGCGCAGCGACUGUUUGGUUGUGGUGAGGACGGAGACGGAUUGUGUGAAGGCGGCGGAGAGAUCGGUGAAGGAAUAUUCGCCGGUGUCUGUUCGGGACCCGUGGCUCAGUGAGCAGAGCUCGCCCGGAUCGAACAGCUUCCAGAAUGGCGGCGGCGGAGUAGCUCGGUGACUGGGGGGCGAGAUCCGUUUGAUUGAUUUAGAACCGCGUGAAAAUUGUACAAAACUUUUAGCUUUUAUGUUAGUGCUAUUUCUUUUU